ACUUCAAACGUUUAGAUUAGCUUAACUUAAAAGCAUCCUGUGACCAAUUAUAUAUAAAUAAUAUACUCACACAGUCAGGAAACAUGGUCCAAAGAGGUGUGGAAAAGCUGAACUGAAAUUUAUGGAUGGCUUUGCAGAGACUGACUGGUCAAGUCAAGACCAGUGCUGAUACCAGCACUGGUAAAAAAUGAUGUUUUAAAUUUUCUUUUUUUUAAAAGACAAGGUCAAGUUGUGUAGUUUUCCCUGCAGCUCAAAUCGAAAACCAAGACGGAGUCUGUAGGAAGGCUGGAGGUAAAAUGGCAGCCGGUAAUUGGACAGCAGGAUGUGGGAGGGGGACGAAUGGAUGGACAGGGAGGGAAGCUGAGGAAAAGAGGAGGAGCAAUGCUAAGGAUAGAAAGAAAAUCCUGCCUAAUAAUCUGUCUGUGUGUUAGAGUGGAGAUGCAUGUAGAAGAAGAAAGAGGUUGUUUGCACAAAGAGGCAACAAGCUGCAAUUCUGAGGAGUUAUGUGAAAGCACAUAAAAUAAAACCGUUUACUAUUCAAGGAAGUAAAAACAUACAUUUGAUUUGCAUUAGGAAAAUUGCAGUUAUUUGAAGCAGAAAAGUGCUCAAUGAGGAUAAUCACUACAGGAAGUGAGAAGUACAAAAUUGACAUAAUUGACUUCACAAUAUUAUUUUGAAGUUUCUAGUUUUGGACGUUUUGUACCUGGCAAAUAAAUAAGAAGUGCUUAGCCCGGUUGGGGGCGCAAAUAAAGCCUGGUGGCCCACCAGGCUUAGAAAGGAAUGAAAUGGCACUAAAUAGGUACGACAUGAGGGCACAAAAUGGAGAAGGGACAAAUAACCUCCAAAGUCAGGUAAAAAUCCAAACACAAACACAAUGUAGGAUGCAACUUCUGAUGUUCCCCAAGGUUAUUUGGUUGUAACUGUGAAAAGUAAUUGUCUUUUUAUUUCAUUAUAAAUGCCAUAAGAGCUCCAGCUCUGUAAAAUCUGGGAAAAAAUUAUUUUUUGCAUUGUUUUCCUAGUGAAAACCAAGGUUAGAUGUUAUUUAUUUUCACCAGUUUCAUUAAUCCUUGAAAUAAGAGACGAUGGUUUUUGUUGCACAAUUCAGCCUUAUGUUUUUACUUUUUAUUUUUAUUUUUUUUUUACUAAUCAGUGUCUGCUUCACAGGUCUAAUGAGAGACAGAGGCAGAGCAGGCGGGCCUCAGAGACCUCAAGGCAGACAGGAAGUCAGGGUUGAGUAGCGCCUGAAAUGACAGGACGGAGGCAGAGCGUCUCUGAGAAAGUGUUGAUGCUUUUCAAAGUAUUCCAGGUGGAUAAAUCAGGGAAUCUAAUACUGCUACAGUGGUUUGCACACAGGUAUUUAUACAAGAUGCAAAACGUCUUAAAUGGUUACUUUAGGAGGUUUUAAAGUGCUAAUCGGUUGAGUCAGUAGAACAAGAGUAAAGCAGAGGAGAGAUUAUAUGAUGUGUGGCCUAGUUUUGCAGGUUCACUCCCUCUGUUUACUUAUCCAAUAAGCAGGUAAGACACUCACUUCGACCCCACAACUGGAUUUCAAAGGGAAAAUAUACUGAAAACAAUAAUAAUUAGAUAAUUAGAUUCUCUAAAACACUCUUUCUAUUGGACAGGAAGCUUGUUUCAAAGUAACAAGUGGGAAGAAAAAAAUAAAUAAAUCUCACCAGAAUAGAUUUAUGACAGUCGAGAAGAUUGGAGAGGAAAAUCCCAGAUCAUACCACAAUAAAAUUAAAAUCUAAACUAUUUGAUUUUCAGCCAUGAACCGAGGUGCGACGCGCUCCUACAGCCGGAGAAGCGGCUCCGCUCUCAGCUUCCCCCGGGGAGGCGCAUGUUCAAAUCAGACAACUUACAGGAAGCAGAGCGAGUCAGACUUUCAAAAUAAAGUGUGAGACUUUAAGAGGAGAGGAGAGGAAAAUUGUCAAGAAAGCAACAGCACAACUUUACCAAGAGAGGAAUGCUGGCAUCCAAAGAUUCAUCCAUCACUUCCAUUGGUUCGAGUUUACCAACGAAAAGCUGCCUUUGCAUCAAGAGUUUGUUUAUGAUGUGGCCAUGUUCACCGCAGGGCAAGGCUUCUCCUGGGCCGAUGUGAUCUGCUCAGCUAUGCUUGCCAAGGUCAUCUUCCCACAGUCGCAGGAAUUCGACCUAAACAAUUUCUGGCCCCUGCUCCGAGAUGUGCUGUGUGAGCAUUUCCCAUACUUGACGCCCUUACACCGGCAUGUCUUCACCCAGUACCUGAUCGACACUUGCGUCUGCAGAAGGAGGCUGUUCCAGGUGGCGGUAGGUGUAACGGCUGAGGAGCUGCUUGUUCUGAAACAGCUGGAGGUGCAGCUGCCGCCCACCCCCUGCCCUUUAGCACAGGGCACCGAUCUCGAGAUGUGGGAGGCGCAGUCUGAGCUGCGAGCAAAACUCGAUUCCUCCCUGAAGCAGUUGGAGGAAAAACUCAAAUGUGUCCGGGCCGAGCCACGCGUCACUCUGGAGGACUUUAACGUCCCAUCAGACGGGGAACUGGACAAAGAGAGCGCUGUGGGGUUGGUUCGAUCUGCAGUCAAAGCCACAGGAGGCCAAGUGCUGGCAAGUCUGAGUCAAGAGGUGUCCCUCUGCAAGGAGAUCUUUCAGAUCAAAAUGCAGCAGGAGGCUUUGAUUGCUGCUGGACGCCCGAAAAUACCAAUUCCUGUAGUGACAUCAAAAAAGACAAAGGGAGAAAAAACAAAAGCAGGAAAGAAGAAAUAACUGGAAACGUAAAAGCUGAUUUAAUUACAAGAGAAACUAAUGCAAAGCAA